AUGGCUUCCAUCAAUGUUUUAUCUUUCAUGAUACCACUUCUUCUACUCAUAACUUUUUCAUCAAUCACAAAUGUUGAAGGAGCACGUAACCUUCAAAGCAUACAUGAAAUUUCCAAAGUUGAUUUGCCAACACUUCCUACUCUUCCUACUUUGCCAACUGUAGCAACACUUCCUACUCUGCCAACAGUAGCUACUCUCCCUACAUUGCCAACAAUUCCAUUGCCUACUAUUCCAAGUGUGCCUAAGCCAUAA